CCGCGUGAGAACUACAACUCCCAGGGUGCCCUGCACCACCGCGACCAAGAUGGCCGGGAGACUCGCCACCUUCCUCAGGAACGCCUGGGCCAAGGAGCCGGUGCUGGUCGCGUCCUUCGCCAUCGCGGGGCUGGCCGUCAUCCUGCCCCCACUCAGCCCCUUCACCAAGUACUCCUCCAUGAUCAACCAGGCCACACCCUACAACUACCCAGUGCCCCUCCGUGACAACGGCAACAUGCCCGAUGUGCCCAGCCACCCGCAGGACCCGCAGGGCCCCAGCCUGGAGUGGCUCAAGAAGCUGUGAACGCCUGUGUGGAGACCCCAAUAAACCUGUGGAGGCCUCCGU